UUGGUUCAAGAAUUACAGCAAGCUAAAGAAGAGAACGAUCUGGGCAAAAUAGCCAAAAUAAUGUCCAUGAUGAAGGACAAUGAUAAAAACCAGCAAACUACUCGUUUGGCAAUUAAAAAAAUGAUGGAAGAAAAAAACAAGCAAGAAAGAGCAAUUAAUGAGUAUAUUCAAAAUGUUGAUGAACCAUGA